AUGCGCACCUCCUAUCGUCUGGGAAGGUGGGGGCUAGGUUCGGGGGCAAAGAAGGAAAGCCAGGCGAUGCCUACCGCCGGAGGAGCUACCGGGGAAGAUUCUGUCGACGUAAAAUGUGGCGGAAGUGAUGUGACCGACAGAGUUACCGGCGGCCCGGGUGAUGAUGCCGGCCCCACCUUGGAUGACAAGGAGCAGCAGAGACAACUGCUGGAGGAACGGAUCUCGAGGAUGAACCCUCGAGACCAAGCCCUAGCCCGACACUCCCAGGUACACGCCAACCACCGCAACAUCGCGGCAAAGAACGCCGAGAUAACACAGCGGCGGGUUCAGGAGGAACGGGGGCGCUGGCAGCAGGCGCAAGAGGAGUCCCAACAGCAAGGGCUCCCCGUGGGGGCUUGUGUCACGAGUCGGGCUGCCGCAAGAAUUGAUCUGGCCGGCGGCUGGACCGACACGCCACCCAUUUCAUACGAAGCGGGGGGCGCGGUCUUGAACGCUGCGGUGACGGUGUCGGGAGAGAAGCCCAUCGAGGCACGGUGCGAGCGGAUCGAAGCGGCCAGCGUGGAGCUUGUCUGUGUGGGGCGCGAGGGAACCGUGACAUCGAGGACGGUUUGCUCUAGCCUCGAAGACUUCUUAGAUUUUUGCGUCCCACAUGCUCCCGCGGCGCUCCUGAAGGCGGCCCUCAUAUGCGCCGGGAUAGUGCCUCUUCCUACCGCCGCCUCCUCAGUUGGAAACCGCACGGCGGCGAACGCCGAUACCAAAGACCUGCAUGCUUCCGCCGUGGCGACAGCGGGCGUUCCUGCUUGCAAGAAAGGAUCGUCGUCGUCGUCGCUUGAGAAGCAGCUGGCCAGAGUGUUCGGGUGCGGGGGCAUCCGAAUCACGAGUCGGUCGGGACUUCCUCAGGGAUCGGGCAUGGGAACAAGCAGCAUUCUUGCCGGUGUGGUACUUAGCGCAGUUUGCGUGGCGGCAGGUAGGGCUAUGUCCCCCACAAGCCUGGUGCACGCCGUUCUGAGGGUGGAGCAACUCAUGACAGCCGGCGGCGGACACCAGGACCAAGUAGGCGGGCUGCUCGGCGGCGUCAAGAUCUGCCGGACGUCGGCAAGCUUGCCUCUGCAGGUCCGGACAGAGACUGUUCCGCUCGACCCGACUUUCGAGACUGCUCUGAACGACCGGCUGGUUCUCGUCUUCACCGGCAAGCAACGAUUGGCUAGGGAUUUGCUCCAGGGAGUGGUGAGGGGAUGGCACGACCGCCUUCCAGGCACCGUGAACACCGUGAAGGGUCUAGUGUCCAAUGCAGAGGACGCCGCAAACGCUUGCCGCGGUGCGGGAGACGUGGAAGCCCUGGGGCGAUGCCUCUCGACCUACUGGGAACAGAAAAAGCGCAUGGCGCCAGGAGCUGAACCGCCUGCAGUCAAGGCCCUUCUAGAAAGGAUGAGGCCUUUUUGUCACGGGUUGUCCGGCUGCGGAGCCGGAGGCGGUGGGUUUGUAGCGGGCAUCACCAAGAAUCCCGGAGACCAGGCAAGCCGGACUUGGCUCCCCGUUGUUUGCUUAGCUUGGUAUGUGUUGGUCGGUUCGCCGAGAUGGGCGCAAGCAUACGUCGGUGUUGAUGUGUGGCAUGAAUAUUGCCACAAUCUCAACGACUUUCAGAAACGAUAACCGGUAGUCAGGAAAUGUCGCCUGUUGUUCAAGGUCUGGUGCCCUUCCCUGCUUGGAGAUGUA